UGCUGAAAUGUGCCUCCAGUUGUCACGUCACUCCAUCUCCUGUCUGCCUUGUCCCUUCUCCUCCGGUGUUUCUCAUCUCCAGCUUUUACUCUCAGCCCUAACUCUGCCAGCGCUCUCGCUCAUCUGCACUCUCCCACUGGUGUGUUUAUUUUGGUUGGGUUUUAGCGUGAUUUCUUGUAGACUCAUCCAUCGCAAUUUUGCACUGUUGAAAGGGGGUUAUUCAACGGAAAGUUUGCAAAAGUUUGGAAAAUGGUCCCAGGCCUCCACCACAGGAGAGUUGACGUCUCCUGCAGCUCCUGCAAGUCUCUGAACUUCCCAUGCAGUUGCGGCCUCUGAGGUCUUGUGUCUCGGGGGUUUUAGAUGGAUUGCUUUGGUGUAAGUGUAUGGAGGUAACAUUUUCACAAGAGAACAGUCAAAUUCUUCUCUGCUGCUGCUGAUGGGCAUGAAACUCUCAUCAGAAGGAGAAAAAUUCUUGAAAGGUUGCGCAAAUAUGACUCUGGGAUAAGGAGCACCUUUGUUUGUGUUCCUCGUGUUUGUUUUUCAAGUGUAGCAACCCUCUAAUGUGGUGGCAGAGUGGAGAACCACUGCCCCAGACCCCCCUUUCUGAGCUGGACGUGCCGAUGUUGCUUUGCAGCACAAAGAUCUGUUUUAAAUAGAUGAAUCAGAAGGACAUCUGGCUGUUUAAGCCUUCAUUAAUUAAACCCACUCCUGGUUUGACAGCCCAGCCCAGCCUGGUGCACAGUCAGUCCCGGCUACUUUUCACAGCCCGUAUGCACCAGUAAUGACUUCCCAAUUGGAGUGUUGUUUUUUUCUAGCCUAAACACUCAAAGCUGUCUCUUUAGAUUAACUUUAGCAUGUUAAUCAGUGUUAUAUGCUAAGGCCCCUCUGAAUUCUCUUGUGAUUUUGGUUACCCCUCUUGAUUGACCUCUGGAUUUCUCAACAGAAUGACUACUACCUAUAAAUCAACACGACCUCGUUUGUUCAGUUUUCCUCCUUCUCCCUUUUCCUCCCCCUUUUCCCUGAAUCACUGCUGGAAGUUAAUAAUCUGACUCUUGGAACUGGUUCUGUUGCUGGGGGUUAAUGUUUUCAGCUCCUGUUAAGUGAUUUUAGAGUAAAUGUGAAUUGCCGUUUGGUACGUAUUUGCAUUAAGUCGCCUCUGUAGCAAAUCUGGGUCAGGGAAAAAGACUUGCAAACCUUAUUUUUAUAUGAAUGGGCUUAUAAAUCUGUCAUUCCUCCCUUCGGAACGCUGGAGAUUGACAGCUGUGAUGUUACAAGCUCCUUAAAACUAUUUCUUCAUCUCCCGUUUCUGCUGCAAAUCCUAAAACGAGAUGACAGAUGGAAUGCUAACUAGCCGGGUGCUCUGAGCUCCGGCCGAGCGUGCAGCCAUCCCAGGGCCUCCCCGCACGCCUGAUGACAUUAGUGACUCAGCACCAGAACCACAUGGAUGCUCCAUACGUCCUGCUUGGGAACCGAUCGCAUCUCUGUGAAAAGAACCAUCCAUCUCAUAAAACAUAAGUUUCCCCGCACCCCCCCACCCCCUCCCCACCCCCGUUUGAGUCCUGAUGAGGUAUUUUGAGAAUGUUCUUGACAUUAUUUAAAAUAUAUGUGUCCUGUUUGAAUGUCAAAGAUGACAUUUCUGUGAGAGCAAACAGAAGCCACGUGCUGCUCUCUGGCUUCUCCUAGAGGAUUUCUGUCAGCCUGAUGCCUUUUAUUUAAAACGGAGGUCACUGAAUUUCUAAAGAUAACGACAGAUUAGAUGAAAGUGCUUUUAUGAUGGUGAGGUUGUGUCCAUGUAGAAGUGACUGUUCUGCCAUGUUCUAUACCCAGCUGCACUCUUGUUCCUCAUUAAGGUAAGUUUGAUGCUUUGGAAUCCAUUAAUUUGGUCUGAAAGGAAGGGUGAAAUAAUUACUCUUAAUGAACCCUUUUGGUAAUGAUGUUGGGGGGGGAAGGGGUGGUUUUGUUUUGAUUUGAUUGCCUCUGUGUCUGUGUUGCUAGGGGUUGUGUGUCUGGAGUACUUGGGAUGUAACCCAAGACAUUUGUGCCAGUGAUGGCAAACCCACUCACAGGGAGCAGUGUGUGGUUAGCCAGAGGACAGCCUGAGAAGCUCUGCCAUGCACCCCUCCAAACAGGAGGAGAUUUUUUUGUCUCUAAACAUUUCAUUUGACCCUACCCCACAUAUUUGGUUCUUUUUGUCCAAGACAUCUCUGGCUUCCCUGAAAUAGGAGGAGCUCCCAUCUGUAAUUCAGAAUUUCUAUUUGUAGCUUCACUUUUUACCCCUCUGGGACUGCUCCAGAUAGUAAUUUAAUCUUGAAAUCCAUGUUUGUUCAUCAGAAAGAUACAGAGCUGAUAAAUGCCUGUCAGAUUAGGCAAUAGCUGGCUUCUUAAGGUGACCCACAGAUAGUAUCAGCAAAUCCAUGUUUAAGCAAGUUCUGCCCCAUUUGUAUUUUCAAAGUAAAAUAUAAGAUGUUAAUUUCCGCCAUUUCUCUGCAAUUGAACUCACUCAACCUUUUGUGAAACCUGGCUGCAUUUUCCUGCCCAGGGCUGUAAGAGAGAGCAGAGCACAGUUGUGUUUCUGGUGGGUGCUGGACUGAACAGGCACUAGAUCGGAUGCACAUGAGGAGGUAAAGAAAUAUCAUCAUCUCAGGCACUAUCCCUCUCCAGUCAGAUUUAUUUGUUACUUUUCUGUCACCACAGGAAAUAUCAGAGGUUCCUAUACAUAAGAGUAUUUCUUCCCUGCAGACGUCAGCGUAGCAGAGGUCUGUCUGAAUUAACUUUAGAUCAGCUCACUUGGGUGUCAGAAGCUGUCUGGGAAGCCAGGAGCUCUGCAAAUAGAGAACAGCGAGGAGUCAGACCAAGGCAAAUACGAAUGUGUUGCAACCAACAGCGCAGGAACCCGCUACUCUGCCCCAGCUAACCUUUAUGUUCGAGUGCGGCGUGUUGCUCCUCGAUUCUCUAUCCCUCCGAGCAACCACGAGGUGAUGCCUGGGGGGAGCGUGAACCUCACGUGUGUGGCAGUAGGUGCUCCCAUGCCCUACGUGAAGUGGAUGGCUGGUGUGGAGGAGCUGACCAAAGAAGAUGAGAUGCCUGUCGGUAGGAAUGUCCUGGAGCUGACGAACAUCAUGCAGUCUGCCAACUACACCUGCGUGGCCAUCUCCUCCCUUGGCAUGAUCGAAGCCACAGCCCAGAUCAGUGUCAAAGCACUGCCAAAACCUCCAACAGAGCCAUCAGUGACUGAAACAACAGCUACCAGCGUGACCCUCACCUGGGAUUCAGGCAACUCCGACCCCAUUACAUAUUAUGUCAUCCAGUACAAGCCCAAAUCCUUGGAGGGUCAGUUCCAGGAGGUGGAUGGUGUGGCAACAACCCGCUAUAGCAUAGGUGGGCUCAGCCCCUUCUCUGAGUAUGAGUUCCGGGUCAUCGCAGUCAAUAACAUUGGCAGGGGUCCCCCCAGUGAACUGGUCGAGGCCCGGACAGGAGAACAAGCUCCUUCAAGUCCGCCCCUCAAAGUCCAGGCACGGAUGCUGAGUGCCAGCACCAUGCUGGUCCAGUGGGAGCAGCCGGAGGAGCCCAACGGGCAGAUCCGAGGGUACCGCGUGUACUACACCACCGACCCGCACCUGCCGCUGAGCAUGUGGCAGAAGCACAACACGGACGACAGCCACCUCACCACCGUGGGCAGCCUCAUCACGGGCACCACCUACAGCAUCCGCGUCCUGGCCUUCACGUCGGUGGGCGACGGACCCCCCUCGGACAUCAUCCAGGUCAAAACACAGCAAGGGGUUCCCGCCCAGCCAGCUGACUUCCAGGCAGAAGCAGAGUCUGAUACCCGCAUCCUGUUGACGUGGCUGCCCGCCUCUCAGGAGCGCAUCACCAAAUAUGAGCUGCUGUACUGGGAAGGGGAGGAUGGCACCCAGCAAAAGGUGGAGUUUGACCCAACCUCCUCGUAUGCCGUGGAAGGUCUCAAACCAGACACAUUGUAUAAGUUCCGUCUGGGUGCCCGCUCAGAGCUGGGGGUAGGGGUUUACACCCCCACGGUCGAAGCCAGAACUGCCCAAUCCACCCCCUCCGCCCCACCCCAAGAAGUCGAGUGUGUAAGCACCAGCUCCACCACCAUCCGGGUAAGUUGGGUGCCACCGCCUGCCCAGAGCCGCAAUGGGGUCAUCACCCAGUACUCCAUUGCGUACCAGGCAGUGGAAGGAGAUGACAACACCAAGCAUGUGGUGGAUGGCAUUGGACGGGAGCAUUCCAGCUGGGAGAUCAAGGACCUGGAGAAAUGGACCGAGUACAAGGUGUGGGUAAGGGCUCACACGGAUGUGGGGCCAGGACCGGAGAGCGUCCCCGUGCUCGUGCGCACUGAUGAGGAUGUGCCCAGUGCCCCGCCACGGAAGGUGGAGGUGGAGUCUGUGAAUUCGACUGCCAUCCGGGUGAGCUGGAAGCUGCCCAUCUCCAACAAGCAGCACGGGCAGAUCCGUGGCUACCAGGUGACCUACGUGAAGCUGGAAAACAACGAGCCCCGAGGGCAGCCAGUGAUCAAGGAUGUCAUGCUGUCAGAAGCACAGUGGAGAGCUGAGGACUCCGUCGACCAUGAGACAGUCAUUGGAGGCCUGCUGCCAGAAACCACCUACUCCGUCACAGUUGCUGCCUACACCACCAAGGGAGAUGGUGCCCGCAGCAAGCCGAAAGUCAUCACCACCACAGGGGCAGUCCCGGGGAAGCCCACCAUGAUGAUUAGCACGACAGCCAUGAACACAGCCCUCAUCCAGUGGCACCCACCCAAGGAGAUGGUAGGGGAGCUGCUGGGUUACCGGCUGCAGUACAGACGUCUGGAUGAGGAAAAAAUGAAUACGAUAGACUUCGGGAAGAGAGACCAUCACUACACUGUGACCAACCUGCACAAGGGGGCCACGUACCUCUUCAGAUUGUCUGCCAAGAACAGAGCUGGCCCAGGAGAGGAGUUUGAGAAGGAGAUCACUACUGCUGAAGAUGUGCCAAGCGGCUUCCCACAGAACCUGCGCGUGGUGGGUCUCACCACUUCCACCACAGAAGUUGCUUGGGAUCCCCCGGUCUUGGCAGAAAGAAAUGGCAAGAUCGUGAACUACACGGUGGUAUACAGAGACAUAAAUAGCCAGCAGGACCUGGUUAACCUCACCAGGGACACAAGUAUCACUUUGACAAAUUUGAAACCUGAUACCACUUAUGACAUCAAAGUGAGGGCCCGAACCAGUAAGGGGGCUGGGCCACUCAGCCCCAGCAUCCAGUCCCGGACCAUGCCUGUGGAGCAAGUGUUUGCUAAGAACUUCCGCGUCAAUGCCGUCAUGAAAACGUCUGUGUUGCUGAGCUGGGAAGUGCCUGACUCCUAUAAAUCUGCAGUGCCUUUUAAGAUUCUCUACAAUAGCCAGAGUGUGGAGGUGGACGGCCACUCAAUGAAGAAACUCAUAAGUGACCUCCAGCCUGACACGGACUAUUCUUUUGUGCUAAUGAACCGUGGGAGCAGUGCUGGGGGGCUCCAGCACCUCGUCUCAAUCCGCACUGCUCCUGACGUCUUGCAGAGCAAACCCAUCGCCACAAACAAGUACAUACAGGAAGGAAAAUUCACACUCACCCUGCCCAAAGUGCAGACCACCGUGCCAGUUAGGUGGUACUACAUCGUGGUUGUGCCAGCAGAUCAGAGCACCAGCACCCCGACUGCUCGGUGGCGGACACCUGAUGAGAUGGAGCUGGACCAGUUGCUGGAGGCCAUAAACCAGGGGAGUCAGAGCAGGCGCCAGCGACGCCAGGCAGACAGACUCAAGCCCUACAUUGCUGCUCAAGUGGAUGUGCUGCCCGAGACCUUCACCCUGGGGGACGAGAAGAACUACAAAGGUUUCUACAACAAGCCUCUGUCUCAAGACCUGAGCUAUCGCUGCUUCGUGCUGGCCUCGCUGGAGGAUGGGGACACGAAGAGAUAUGCAGCCAGCCCCUACUCGGAUGAGAUCGUGAUGGAAGUGGCUUCAGCAAAGCAGCAAGAUGAACCAGAGAUGCUCUGGGUGAUGGGACCUGUCCUGGCCGUGAUAUUAAUCAUCAUCAUUGUCAUUGCUAUACUCCUCUUCAAAAGGAAAAGGGCACACUCCCCCUCUUCCAAGGACGAGCACUCCAUUGGCCUGAAGGACUCGCUCUUGGCCCACUCCUCUGACCCAGUUGAGAUGAGGCGACUCAACUACCAGACUCCAGGUGCCAGUGUCGCCUGUUGCCCGAAUAUCUCAAGCAUGCGUGACCACCCCCCCAUCCCUGUGAGCGACCUCGCCGACAACAUCGACCGGCUGAAGGCCAACGAUGGGCUGAAGUUCUCCCAGGAGUAUGAGUCCAUUGAUCCAGGGCAGCAGUUUACCUGGGAGAACUCCAACCUGGAAGUGAAUAAACCCAAAAACCGCUAUGCAAACGUGAUUGCCUAUGACCACUCACGUGUCAUCCUGACCUCCAUCGAUGGAGUCCCCGGCAGUGAUUACAUCAACGCCAAUUACAUCGAUGGGUAUCGGAAGCAGAACGCCUACAUUGCCACACAGGGACCUCUGCCAGAAACCCUCAGCGACUUCUGGAGGAUGGUGUGGGAACAGAGAACAGCAACUAUAGUCAUGAUGACCAGGCUGGAGGAGAAGUCCAGGGUGAAGUGUGACCAGUACUGGCCAAGCCGGGGUACGGAAACCUAUGGGAUGAUCCAGGUGACGCUGCUGGAUACAGUCGAGCUGGCGACCUACACUGUCCGCACCUUCGCGCUGUACAAGAAUGGCUCCAGUGAGAAGCGAGAGCUGCGGCAGUUCCAGUUCAUGGCUUGGCCCGAUCAUGGGGUACCAGAAUACCCCACCCCAAUCCUCGCUUUCCUGCGACGGGUCAAGGCCUGUAACCCACCAGAUGCUGGGCCCAUGGUUGUGCACUGCAGUGCUGGCGUGGGCCGGACCGGGUGCUUCAUCGUCAUCGAUGCCAUGCUGGAGCGGAUGAAGCACGAGAAGACCGUGGACAUCUAUGGCCACGUGACAUGCAUGCGCUCUCAGCGCAACUACAUGGUGCAGACAGAGGACCAGUACAUCUUCAUCCACGAGGCCUUGCUGGAGGCUGCCACGUGUGGCAAUACCGAGGUGCCUGCACGCAACCUCUUCGCUCACAUCCAGAAGCUGACCCAGGUGCCAGCAGGCGAGAGCGUUACCUCCAUGGAGCUGGAAUUCAAGCUGCUGGCCAACUCUAAAGCACAUACCUCACGUUUCAUCAGUGCCAACCUCCCAUGCAACAAAUUCAAGAACCGCCUCGUGAACAUCAUGCCAUACGAGCUGACCAGAGUCUGUCUGCAGCCCAUCCGGGGUGUCGAGGGCUCUGAUUACAUCAAUGCCAGCUUCAUAGAUGGGUACAGGCAGCAGAAGGCCUACAUUGCCACGCAGGGACCGCUGGCUGAGACCACGGAGGAUUUCUGGCGGAUGCUCUGGGAGCACAACUCCACCAUCGUGGUGAUGUUGACAAAGCUGCGUGAGAUGGGCCGGGAGAAGUGCCAUCAGUACUGGCCCGCAGAGCGCUCUGCCCGGUACCAGUACUUCGUGGUGGACCCCAUGGCAGAGUACAACAUGCCACAGUACAUCCUCCGGGAGUUCAAGGUGACGGAUGCCAGGGACGGCCAGUCACGGACCAUCCGCCAGUUCCAGUUCACAGACUGGCCUGAGCAGGGAGUGCCAAAGACGGGAGAGGGCUUCAUCGACUUCAUUGGGCAGGUGCACAAGACCAAGGAGCAGUUUGGGCAGGAUGGGCCCAUCACAGUGCACUGCAGCGCUGGGGUUGGGCGCACAGGCGUGUUCAUCACGCUCAGCAUCGUGCUGGAGAGGAUGCGCUACGAGGGGGUGGUGGACAUGUUCCAGAUGGUGAAGACCUUGCGGACGCAGCGGCCAGCCAUGGUGCAGACAGAGGACCAGUACCAGCUGUGCUACAGAGCCGCGCUGGAGUAUCUUGGCAGCUUCGACCACUAUGCAACGUAACUAGUGCUUUCCUCCAGUCGUGGUGGGGAUGUCUAGGAGUGGAGACGGGUUCCUCUGAGCCAGAGCCGCCCAUUCCUCAGUCCUUCUGUACAGGUGGAGGUACUGCCCAGGCAGCAGACCUCCACGCCAACCAGUUUUGACCACGGCAUUUAGGAACUUAGCCCCAGCGCCAAAUGAGGGAAUCCGACUCCAAAAGCAUUUCCAGUCUCUGGCUGAAUUUCUGCUCAUGUGCAUCUCUCACCCUCUCUCACGCCGACUGCAUUUCACAGCGAGGCUUUAGGUGGGUGGAAUGGGAUCUUUUUUUUAAACAUGUAAAAUAGUUACUAGUGGUUUUUAUAAUCUCCUCUCUCUUUAUUUUUUAUUUUUUGCAAGUCUUAAUGUUUUGCCCAGACAGAACUGGACCCGCCAAACCUUUGGGAGUUGGGUUGGUUUUUUUUUUCCAUUUCUUUUUGCUUUUACAUUUUUUACUUCCCUGUGUUUAUUUCAGCCCAGUCACUGCUGGUUCUGCCCAUUUUAGUGCAGCUUCCUUGGUAAUUUGCAGCAGCUGGCUUGUGGUUCCUGCCCAGCUCCAUUCCCCAUAGGCUGCUUUUUAAUCCUCUGUAGAAUAUGAAAUUUCAUGGAACUGGACCUAAGCUACCAAUUAUUUUUUUAGUCUCCUCCCCCCCAUUAUUUCCUUAGUAGGUUUGGGUUUGGGAGGGCAUGUGGGGGCGCCGGAGAAGCGGUCCCCGUUGUCAGCUGGAAACCGUUCAGUCCUAUUACAAUACGUGUUCAACCAAUCCAGUGACCGUGUGUAUUGGCAGAUCCUGAUAUGACGUGAGUUGUCGUCGCCUUGUUUGUGAGAGACCCGAAAUCCCGGGCUCCAGGCAUUGGAACCUCUUUUUGUGUGUCUUGCUGGGAAGGGGGCAGGAGAAGAGAGAGGGUCCAACACUUCCCUGGGGAGGGGAUGGAAAGAGCAAGACAUGGCCCUUUGUGUUAAUCCCACUGUUCUGUGCGUGCAAGCACCAUCCUGUCACCUCUCACCAGUGGAGUGCAUCAGAGCAUUUACACAGGCAAAGAGCACAAGCCCAGGCGACCCAGAGCGGAGCUGGGCCGGCUCUCUUUGGAAGCAGGGUACUGCAAGGAAGGGGAGGGGAGUACACAUGGCUUCAGAGGUUGGGUGUAUCUAUAAUUUCUGCUAUCCUGCAAAUGUUAAGAGUCACUAGAAUAUUGUACUUUCCGCUACUUCAGGACGUUCUAAUGAACCAAUGUGGCAAGACUACUGGACUUAAUUUAAUGGUACUAUAUAUUAAUACUCCUUAUUAUAUCACGCUUGCACUAAAGAUGGGGAGUGAGCAGCCCUCUUUCGAGUGCAUUGAGUUAUGAAUAAAGGUGGUGGAAGGGUAUCUAAUUGUAUUAUCACAUGUAUUCCGAAUGUUAAGAAUCCAAGCUACGUUGAAAUCAGCAAUCCAGGGUUGGUAAUGUUGGAGGACACAUUCAUUUUUACCUUGUGGAUGCAUAGUGCUGUAGGGGUCACUGUUGUAUACAGUCUGUUUUCUAUUUGUUAAUAAAAAAAAAAAUCUACAGCAUCAUUGCAUAAUUCUUGAUGUUAAUAAAUUUGAAUAAUUGGGUUUCAUACAA